AUGGCUCGUCACAUGAACAAGAAACUGUUCCUCGCGGAUUACGUCUACGAGGUCGAGACCGAUUUCGGAAUCGAUGGAACACCAGCAACAUGGGCAUCCACGAAUAACGGCAAACCCGCGCAUCGCUACUGGGACGACGAAGACGACAAAAUCGAGCUACGAUUCUUCGACGGCCAGGAAUCAGGCGAGUUUGGGAAUUUCGCUACCAGCCAUGACGACAAAUUGGUUGCGGCAUCGAGUGGCUCGGUCGUUGGUGUUUACAAUCUCGAGACCAAGCAACAUUGUAUGCAAUUCAGAGGGCUUGCGUUUCCUUGUGUCAAGCUCAUGUUCAGCCCUGCCUCGACUGAAUCUGGAGUUUAUCUUCUUGCCAUCGAAACCUCAGACAGAGAGGAGAGAAAGUCUGCCGUCUUUUUCAUGGAACUGGAUCAGGAUGGACACAUGACGCACAAGCCUGAUACAAUUGACGUGGAUGACCUUUUACAAAGGUCCUUGGAGCCUGUCGUGUCUGUCAUGAACGACUCUUUUGGUGUUCACUCUCCAACUCCAAUUCUCGAGUCAGUCCGUGAAGGUUAUGGCAAGGCACUCGAAAAGUUGAGGGCUGGCGUCGAGUCUAGACAUCUAUCUCAUGUAGCAGGUCGCUCUAGUGGAUUCGGCUCUAAUCCAUUCAGCAUGGAUGGUCAGCUAUUCCUCUACCUGAUACAAAACGAAAGCACUCAAUCUGGUCCUCGUGCGCCAGCCGACCUUCCCAAAGUCAUCGUCUACGAUAUGGUCAACAAGUGCGAAAAGCACGUUCUGGGCGGCCAUGAGGAUGCCAUCAUGUGGACAGCGUUCAGUCCCGAUAGUCAGUACAUCGCUACAGCAGCUUGGGAUGGCACUUUCAGAAUCUUCGAUGUCUCGACAGGUGAUUGCAAGCACGUCAUUGGACCAACAGGAGGGCAGUGUUGGAGUGGAGCGUGGUCGCCGGACUCGAAGCAUGUUUUGCUUUGCGGGAUGGCUAACCAAGACUCCCGUGGCGAAACGUUUGUAGCUGUCUACUCGGCCGAAACAGCAGAGCAAGUCAAUCGAUUCAGAAACGAGCAGCUUCGACAUUGGGUCCGAUGUGUAGCGUGGUCGGACCGAGGCGAGAUCGCCAUUGUUCACGAGACGAACAAUGUGUGGAUCUGGGAGCCUUUCGAAGACAAGACGAUUGGCAAUUUCAAGGUCAAGGUCGAUGACCGGAUGAGAGAAAGAUAUGCGGCUGUCUCGGCAGUUCAAUGGGUGAGUGGAGGGGAGAUACUGGUUGCUCGGGCAGGUGACGAUACGGUCGAGAUCUGGAAUCGAGUCGAGAAUGUCAAGUGGCGGAUACAAAGACCCGAGGGAUCUGGAAUAGAGAGAGGUAUUGGCAUGUUACGAUGGUCGAGAGGAGACAGAGCACUGAGAAGCUUCGGUCGUGAUGGCGUGAUGAGAUCGUACCACUUGUAG